CAACAUAGAACGAUAACAGAAACAAUCGAUAUAAUUAUGUGCUGUUAACGGUUUUGUGUGAAUAUAUGUUGGGAAUAUGGAUGCAAUGUGCGAUGCGAUGGAACAGCGAGACGCCAUAGACAAUAGUGAAGACAUCGAUUUUCUUAAAAAUGUUAUACACCAGUUGAGGCAAGAGUUGGAAGAGUCUAGGCAAGAUGUUCAGAGAGUAGAGCACGAUUUUGAAGACUUCCAAGAAAACUCGCGCCAAUUGGAGAAGGAACUGGAGACUGCACUUGACCAGUCGGAGAAAACAAACAGGGAACGAGAAGCACUUUGUAAUAGAUGGCAAAUAGAAAAUGAAAGGCUACGUGAUCGAAUAGAUCAGUUACAGAGGCAAUGUGAUUCCAAGGAUACACAACUCUCAAAAUUGGAAGCACACAAGCAAGAGCUGAUGAAGAGGACAAGAGAACUGGAACAAAGGAAUGAUGAUCUUGAAAGAGCUUUGAGGGCAAUGAGCAUGUCAAAGGGAGAGACUGAACUCAAAUUAAAUGCCCAGAUAGAGAGAGAUGCCCUCUUGGAGUGUGAACACGAAGAACUUCUAGCAAUGGUCCAGAGGUUGAAAGAUGAAAAAAGAGAUCUGACACAUGAACUGAAAGCAAGGGAACGCAUUGGCCCUGUUUUCGACAAUGACAAGUCUGUUUUCCCGGGCUCUCCACUAGAUUCCAAUCGGUUAAAAGUGGAGAUGCAGACACAAACCACUGCAGUUCAAGGUUCCCCACUCAAAAUGGCUCAGACCGUUGGAAAUCAAACAACCGUAACACCACUCGCACCUUCCAAUAGGAUUCUUGGAAUGAACAUGGUCCAUGACCUGCUUCGCAAUAUUGGCUCUAUUGAAUCAAAAUUAACAGCUUCUCGCAAUAUUGCCAGAGACAACAUACAUCUCAGUGAUGCAACAAACCGAGAGCCUUACAGAGGGAGGCGCAUAGGACGAACUGCUACACCGGCAUCACCAAGUAUUCAUAGCUACCUGCGAGCAUGAAAUCCUAAUGCCUGCUGAGAUGUUAAAGAAGUAUCUGUGCUGCUACGACAAAAGCUGUGUAGAUCUUUGCAGGCUGUUCUUUUGCCCGCACACAAAUUUUUGCACAUGUGUACUUUCUUCAGAAACAUUUACAAUCAUUUUGUUAAUUACAGUGUGCAAUUUUGCACUAGUCUUCUGCUCUGAAAUAGUAAUUCAGUUAUAUUCAGGGUUUUCAUCACAGAUUUCCUUUACAAGAAGUACGCAACAAGCAGCUUUAAUAUGAUCGUUUGUAAAUAUAUUCUGUGAAGCAGCAGAAAUUUUUUGUAAAAAAAAUUUAAAAAAUCACAAUAAUAAUAAUAAUAUUUUAUUUGAAGGAAAGAUUUGACAGUACUGAUUGUUCUGUGCAAAAUCUUAUUGCCUUGUUUAAGAUAACUGAAUUCAAAUACAUUAUUAACUGUGGUAGUAUUGAUAUGUAAAUUUAACAAUAUUGUAUUAAAGUAUGAUGAAAUCUAGUAGUAUUUAGGACUGUAAG